AAUAAUGUUCGCCCAAGCUCUGCUGUGGUUGGUGAUAUGUGAUGUCAUCACGAUCGUGGUUAUGCUGCAGCGUGACCACAAAAUAGUGGGCCCAUCAGAUUUUCUAUUCCAAUCAUUGUCAGAUUGCGAUGGUGUGGAUUCCGUAGUACGUUUUGGUAUUACGCAGAAGAAAUAUAACCGAAGCACUAACGUUUUGGAAAUUAGCUUCGGAGCGCCGUAUGAUCUUGGGGACGACAUAGUUGUCGAACUUAAGGGCUCUCUAAAAAAAGACGGAGGCUACAAGCCCGGCGCGUACUACAUGAAGGACACACUUUGUAACCUACUGAAGAGUAUUGUGGGAGAUAUCGCGAACGAUAUUUUAUCGCAAGCGGGAAGCGAAGGAUGUCCAAUUCCUGCUGGGGACUACAUAGCCGAGCAGUACUACUUCGACAACAAGAAAUUCAACGUGCCGCAGGUUUUUGGUGACUACAGAAUGGAAGUGUUCGUGUACAAGGACGAGGUGUUGCAAAGUUGUUAUUUGGCGUACUAUGAACUUAAACAGAAAUGUGACUAAGUUACUGUAAACUUUAAACAUCAUCACAGUAUCAUUUCAUUAGGACGGACGACAGUAGAUCA